UCGUAAAUAGCGAACAUUGGGUCACCGAAAAUGAUGUCAAGAAGAAUAACAUCGCUUCUUGGAAGCAGCAGUUUGACAUUUACAAACAAAUCUUUUUUGCAUAUGACAUCCGUAUUAGGUGCCAAAAAUCCCAAAGUUGCUUUGAUAUUUUCGGGAUGUGGUGUGUAUGAUGGUACAGAGAUUCAUGAAGCAUCCUCGGCUAUGGUGCAUCUUAGCCGACAUGAAGCAGAGGUGGGAAUAUUUGCUCCAAACAUUGAACAAAUGCAUGCUAUUGAUCACACAAAGGGAGAACCCAUGGCAGUGAACAGAAAUGUUUUAGUGGAAUCUGCCCGCAUUGCCAGAGGAAAAAUUCAAGAUCUGAAUGACCUCAGUGUGAAGGACUAUGAUGCUAUAAUCUUCCCAGGAGGAUUUGGGGCAGCGAAAAAUCUGAGCAACUUUGCUGUUGAAGGGGAUAAAAUGACAGUUCAACCAUCAGUGGAAAAAGUCAUCAAGGAAUUUCACUCUGCAAAGAAGCCUAUCGGUUUAUGUUGCAUUGCUCCUGUUCUGGUGGCCAGAACUAUUCCAGGUUGUACUGUAACAGUAGGAAAAGACAAGGAUGUUGAUGGAAAAUGGCCUUAUGCUGGUACGGCAGGGGCAUGUCAAAACAUGGGUGCCAAACAUGUCAACAAAGAUGUUAAUGAAGUAAAUGUUGAUUCUGAAAACAAGAUUGUGACAACACCAGCCUUCAUGUGUGAGACAGCUGUGCAUCAAGUGUUUGAUGGAGUGGGCAAAAUGGUGGAAGCCGUGCUGAAGUUCUGUAAAUAGAACUAUAGCCUUUACUGACUGGCUAUAGUGUGAUUAACAUUCUCCUGUGUAGCUGUGCACAGGUUGACUUUCAAAGAGCAGCAAAAAGAAAAUGUGUGUGUGUGUGUUUCCAGUGAUCUUUAAUCAAGAAUAAAGGUUGUAUUUUUGAGAGUAAACAUCAUUGUAUUACA